UUGCGUUUCAGGUUUGCACCUGCAACAGCUCGUAACGGAAAGGUUUUUGCAAGACAUGUAUGGCAAAUGGAAACAUCAAUAAAUCACUAGGAGAACACAAUUGAAAAUAGCAUGCAUUUAUCUGAUGUGUCGUUUCAAUUAGGAUGCAAAAUGACUGUCGUAUUCGUAGUUCUUAUACUUGUAUUUUCAUUCUGGAUUGUUGCGUGUAAAAAUGACUGUAUAACAAUAGGUAUUAUUGCUAACGGAACAGGAUUGGUCGAGUCCGAGACAUUUGCAAAACAUGAACGGACCUUUGUGAUUGUAAAACAUCUCGUCGAUGUGGCAGAAAUCUUCUAUGUAUUCCGUGCAGUUCAAAGAUUGGACGCUAAUUCAAGUGUCGAUGUGAUCAUCUUGCUUGAGUAUGACACUACAGUUUUGAGAAAGCCACAGAUUUUGGCAACACAAAACAAGAAGCUAAUAAAACUAGGGGCUCGAUCUAGGCAUCAACAUAAGACACCGGUAAGCUUUAAAGAAAGGCAGAUGACGCCACGUUCAUGUGAUACUAAUGAUGGUUUUAUUCCUGACUAUACGUCUGAAGAAACCUAUUGUUUAACAAAUCUCAACAUCACAAACAUGAAUGGGGAUGAUGUUUUGUUGACAUUGCCGGUACCUCGGGCAAUUCGUUCUUUGGUAAAGUCUUUGAAGUGGCAUUUCAUAAUUAUAUUCUACGAAAGUUCGACAGAAACGGAAACGUCGGCGUUAGUUGAUGGAUUAUCAAAGGAUGGUGUACUUUUCGCUAUGUAUAACACUGAUCAUGUUGCAAAUGUGAAGAACGUUUUACAAGAAAUUUACCAAAGAAAUGGAGAUGUAAACAAAGAGAUAUAUGUAGUUGUUGUUUGCAGGCUUUACAAUACGAAACAGAUUAUUAAAUCUGCAAACGAAUUUGAUUCAUUAAAUAAUCGAACGACGCUUCUGCAAAUGUUCUCUAGAUGGUUGAUUGUGUUAUACGACUACAGUCGGGGUGCUUCCGAAGCUCUUCAGGAUUGUGGGAACGACCUUGACAACAUCGCCAUACUUGCAGUGCCAAAACUGCAAACCAUUGGUAUAGAGGGUUUCUAUAAAGGCAUUGAUUGCACUGUAAUUGACAUCCUAAGAGAAGAUAAAAGCCAUGACGAGUUUAGAAAGGAAUUCAUCGACAGGCUCGAAAAGAAAGCACCAUCUUGGAAUCCUAGUUAUAAAUGUAAGGGAUAUCACAUCGACACAUUGCUUUGGAAGGAACAAGGCAGAGCAUUCAGUUCCGUCGGUCAUGCUGAUAUCAACGGCAAUAUUGUCGUCAACCCGGACAUCUUUCCAAAUACAAAAUAUGGAUAUAACAGAAGAUCCUUUCUCGUAUCUACCUUAGAGUAUUCGCCGUUCGUCGAAAAAAGAAAGGUUAACAACUCCUAUAUUUACGAAGGAUUUUGUAUGGAUCUGUUAAGCGAAUUAGCCAACAAGCUGAACUUUACCUACAACUUGACUGAACCUGCAGAUGGGAAAUGGGGGAGUUUAACCAAUUCAGUGAAUAUUACAUUCAAUGGUCUUGUAGGACAGCUACAAAAAGAGGAAGUUGAUAUUGUAGCUGCCCCAGUAUCAGUGCAAGCUGAGAGAGACCCAGUGAUGGAUUUUAGCUAUCCUUACUACUACGAAUACACCACGGUGCUCGUGAAGAAACCAGACAUUAAUGCUACAAAAUGGAGAACAUUGAUAGAUCCUUUCAAAUGGGAAGUUCUUAUCACCAUAGGAGCGUCUUUGUUGAUAGUUACAAUUUUAACAUUUAUCCUUGAGAAGUACAAUCCGUUCUAUGAUAUACCACAGCAUGCUGAAAGCAGACAAAUCAAUGGCGGCCUUCACACCUGGCAUAGUUCAUUUUGGUAUGUCUUUGGAGCACUAUUAUGUCAAGGUGGUGUGCACUUACCAGAAUCAACAUCCGGGCGAACAUUGAUGAGUUGUUGGUGGUUAACCUGUAUAAUUAUUGUCGGUACAUACAGUGGGAACCUCAUUGCCUUUCUAACAGUGACCAAAGAAAGGCCUCCUUUCAAUACCCUGGAAGAAAUGAAUAACUUAAAGGGUACAUACAAAUGGGGAACGCUUGGUGGAACAGCUUGGGAGACAUUGUUUCCGAACUCCAGCCACCCGGCAUUUAAAAAGAUGGGAGAGGCAUAUAUAGAAUUCAGCAAAACGGACCCAACAAUAUUGCACCAAAAUCCAGACUUUCAUGUCGAAAGAGUGAAAAAAGGAAAGUAUGCAUGGAUAGGUGAUAAAACAUACAUGGAGAUUGCAAUGGCAACAGAAUGCAAUCUUAUGUCUAUCAAGGAAGAAUUUAUGCCGCUUAUAUACGUGUUUGGUUUCAAGAACAACUCCCCGCAUGCCGCAAUUUUCUCAACACAGAUGAUGAAAAUACAUGAAGGAGGUUUAUUCCAAAUAUGGAAGCGUAAGUGGUGGCCAAAAUCAAGUUUCUGUGCUGGUAGUUCGAUACCAGAAGCCAAACCGAUUUCUCUAAUGGAUGUGCAAAGUGCAUUUUAUGUUUGUUUAAUUGGCAUUUUUAUAGGUGUUUUUGCCUUUGUCAUCGAAAUACUUUUGCAUAAAUACCGGAAGUACCGAUCGCAUAAGCAGAAAACUAGUAACGCCCCAAAAAGUGACACAAUGGACAGUCAAUACCAAGCAAAGAGUAAUAUUAAUAAGAAUAAUAGAUAAACACGGCUGUGAACGACCUGGAAACGUCUCGCAUUACAAAACAUAGCGGUAAUAGAUCUGUACAAAAUGAAUGGAAUGGAAAAUUGUUGAUGUUACAGGCCUAUGAUAAACAAUUGUUAUCGUGUUCGAGCGUGAUGAUGAAUGAUGAUUUCGAAGUCAAUUUGAUAUAUUAAAGAAUAUUUCUCAAAUUAAGUUCUCUUAUACAAAUGUAUGACAGUUUGUUUGUCGUGAUGACAACGUUUAUUUUGGAUAAAGUCUAGUUUAUGUUUAAACGAUUACAGACAGGAGAAUCAUCUUUGGAAACCGGAUGCAAAGAAAUAACACUAAUUUUCAGCAGAGAAAAUCAGCGCUAUUACGUUUAAUUAUAUCAAGAUAAUUUUUUUCAUUUAAUUGUUUAUCACGCAAAUAACAUGUAACUGUUACUCCCAGAUAUUCGAUAUUUAUGAUAACGUUAAACACAAUAAUGCUGACAAUGGGUUUCAGUAAUGCAUGAAAAUUUGUCUCAGGCAAUUUACAGACUAAAAUAUUUAAUCAAAAUCGUCGAAUUAUAUAGUCCACAUGUUUAUUAUUUCUGAGCAUUGUGGUCAUUUAACGAGGAAACCAUAUCAUGCGUAAUGUUUGCUUAUCAUGAGUGAAACACGUACCCUUUACUGAGGAUAUAUAUUACACAAACUCACAAACUCCCAAUAUACAGUUAUGGUUAUCUAUUCAAAAUGAAAUAUAUAAUAAUCGUUGCACUUGAGAGAAACAAUAGUGUGAUAAAAAGAAAUGAUUUUCAUUUUUUUGCGCACAUUUAGCUGAAAAAUAAGACUAAAGACAAAUACACUAUUUGAAAAGAAAUUAACAGUAUGCUGAGAUUUCAUCAUUAGUCUUUCUUUAGAAAUACUAGUAUCGUUUAAACAUUAUAACAUCUACAUAAUAAUAGCGCUAUCUGUGUGGAAAGUAACUAUGUUACGUAAUCUAUUACUUUUUGAAGCGCUGCAUACAUAUUAAAUUAAAAUAAAUAAUGAUAAUAUGUGGGGUAACAAUUAUGAGAAACCAUAUUGGCAUUUUUCCUAUUUGUGAAUUCUUAGACAUUAUAAGUUCCAUAAAAGUUAUAAUUUUAUCUACAUUUUGAAAUAACGAUUUCAUUGUUACUAAUACAUUUUCUUUCUUUGUUUUUGUAUUUUCUCUUGUUAUCUAUUUAACUGUGCACAGUUCGUAUGACAACUCUUUCUCGAUAUAUAUUUUUAUGACUACAUGUAAAUGUCUUUGCAGCGUUUACAUUUUUAUGUAAUUAGUUAUGAUUUCUUCAGUUUUAUUAAUGUUAUUACAAAUAUUUAAUUUUC